UAGUCAAAAUUAAUUUCUAUAAAUUCGUAAAUAUCAUCUACUGUACUAAUUUAAAUCGUUUUCUAGAAAAAUAUUAUCAUAUUUGAAAAAUUAGUCUUUGAAAUUUAGUCAAUUUGGUCAACUCAGCAACUGUGGUGUCAGUUAGGUUAGGUUAGGAAGUAGUCAAAGUUCAGGAUUUUUCUUGUUCAACAAAAGUGAGGAAAAAUUAAUAUUUCUUUUGUCAUUUCGUUUUGAAUUAGUAAAUUUUUCAAGUUUGUCAGUCAACGUGAGUGGUAAAUUGAGAAAAAAAUGAAAAAUAGUGAAACGCAUGCGUAAUUAAAUGAAAAUUAUGUUUUUGUAGUUGAUGAAAUUGCGUCAAGGUAGCGGUUCGGUCGCAUUGUUUUCGUGAUUGUAAAUGCUCCACUUGUUCUUAGAACAGGUAUAAUUAGUGCUUCGUUUUGUGUCUUUUUUGUAAAUGAUCUUUUAGAAUAAUUGCAAAUUGUGAAUUUGUCACGUGUUCGUGAAUUCAAGAUUGACGAAGUCACUUCUUGGAGAAGGUCUUCGUCGCAAUUAUCAAAGGAUCCAAGGUCGCAUGUGACGUAUACGGAAGGGUGUGGGUGCGAAAGGGUGGUCAAUGCAAUGCGUUGUGGAGGAACGACUUUCCAGGAUGUCCAGUGAUCACCCACCGACAACAACAGCUAAAGAUAACACGAGAGAGAGAGAGAGGUGAGAACAAGAUAAAAGUGCAUUGACGGCCUAAUUAAAAAUCUUUGGAAUAAAUAUUACGUGAAAAUUGUGAUAAUUUCUCGUUUUUGUGAAAAAGAGGAACAAAUAUUUUGGAAUAAUUUUUUUGUUCUCGUGUAUUUUUUGCCCUUGUGAUUGUGGUUGAUUAGUCUCAUAAUCAGUAGUGUGACUCGAUUUUAAAUAUUUUUGUGUCGUGAAGCAAAGAAAAAAAAGGAUUUUUUAAUUUGGAUGUUGCUGGAAGUUUGGACGUUUAUUCCGUGGAUACCGUCAAAAAAGUGGAUGAAGGGCAUAUGGCCCUGGACUAUGGUUCUGUCUACAAUAUGCACCACACAAAUCAAUUAGAAGACGUGGGCUACAGAAGUGUCGAAAUAACAUCCGCCUUUACGCACCUGCCCCAAAAAGACAUGGCACGAGAUACACCGGGUUCACCGAUUUCCCGGCCACGUGACUUGGGUGCAGGUGGUGCAACUGCCACCCUCACGUCGAGCACGUAUCACACGUCAAGCUCGGAGGCCAGUUUGCAUGAGCGAGCAUUGCAACACAAAAUUCUGGAGCUACAGCAGCAGCAUCAACUUCAGCAGCAGUUCCUCAGACAGCAGUAUCAGGCCCAGGAACGACAACUUGCCGAAAUUCAUGAACAACAGAUGCAACAACUCAAGCUCUGGGAGCAGCAAAAACAAUUGGAGGAACAGAGGAGAGAAAAAGAGAGACUGGAGGCUCUUAGGAAAAAAGACAAACAUGAUCACAGUGCAGUUGCAUCCACAGAAGUCAAACAGCGUCUUCAGAGUUUUAUCGUCAAUAAAAAACAAAGAGAAGCUGCAGCAGCAGCCAAUGGCAAUGUACCUGGUUCGCCCGGAUAUAGAAAUUGGUUGCAGUCGCAGUCGGAAUCUGGUAGCUCGCCGAAUGCUUCCCAUCCGUACAGAAUGCCGCAAAUUCUUCAGGACAAAUUCGGCGACGAUUUCCCCCUCCGAAAAACAGCCUCGGAGCCUAAUCUGCUGAAGGUGCGACUAAAGCAGCGUGUGAUGGAGAGGAACAUGGCCGCGUCCAGAAAUUCACCCCUUAUGGCACGCAGGAAGGACCGACUACUGUCGCACCUCAAGCGGAAGUCACUCCUAGCAAAUUCUGGUAGCAAUCCUGAAUCCGGACCAAAUUCACCACCGACGAUGAAUAAUUCUCAAUCGAGUCCAACAGCCGGCAGUAGUACACCAAUUCAGGAGGAAGGUGAAAAUGUACAGUAUGGUGGAACGUUAACAAGCAGUAGUCAACAGGGUAGUCUCUCGGAUCUUUCCCUCUUUAGCUCACCGUCCAUGCCCAAUAUUUCCCUCGGUCGUCCUCACGUGCCAUCUAGUUCGACGAGCGGUACAAAAUUAGCACCAGUGUCGGAAGCGGAAGUGAGAGCGGCGUUUACGGCCCGAUUGGGAAUGCCACUGACUGGACAAAUGUUGCCGGGAACUUUGCCAUUUUAUCCAUCUUUAACGGUGAUUGAGGGAGAGCCAACUUACGUUCAUAAGCAAAUGCAAAAUUUGGAGCAAUCUAGGCAGCAUCCAAUGUACCACGGAAAUCCAAUAACGGAUACUCAAGUAGCACACGCAAGACUGCAUAAGGCUGGUCACCGGCCUUUAGGUAGUAGAACACAAUCGGCGCCGCUGCCAUUGGGUCAUCCGAUGCUGCAGGGUGGAAUGAUUGCGCCGCCGACUCAUUAUGAGGAGUACCUUGCCGAGAAGCAAUUGCACGAUCAACAGCAGCAGGCGCAUAAUUAUUUGAAGCAACAGAUUCGUCAAACGGUGUUGACCCGCGUGGGUUCAAGGGGUCAGGCUAAUCAAUUGGACGAGGCGUCCGAGAGCGAGGAGUCGGAAGUGAUAGAUCUCACUGGCAAAAAGGACUUGCAAGAGGAGAGUGAGAUUUCAAAGCAGCAACGUGAUCGGGAACAAUUUCUACAGCAACAAAGGGAUCUCAUGAUGAGACACACACUUCAAAACGAAUCGACGGCCUACUCUGGCAGCAGGAGUACACAAACUGCCAGGCCACUGUCCAGGGCGCUCUCCAGUCCUCUUGUACAUUUAGGAUCUCAGGGAGGUGGGGCAGACGUUUUUGCCCGGGGCUCACCACAUCGACCGACCACUGGCCUAGCUUUCGAUCAGCUGAUGAUGAAGCAUGCCUGCGUUUGCGGGGAGACGGUCAGGGGUCAUCCCGAGCAUGGAGGAAGAUUGCAGAGCGUUUGGGCCCGACUAUCCGAAACUGGAUUGUUGCAACGUUGCGAUCGAGUUCGUUCUCGAAAGGCAACGCUCGAGGAGAUUCAAACCUGUCACAGCGAAGCGCACACACUCUUAUUUGGUACAAAUCCAUUAAAUCGUCAAAAAUUGGACAUGUCGAAGCUCUCUCAUUUGCCGAUAAAAAGUUUCGUGCGACUGCCUUGCGGUGGUGUUGGAGUUGAUUCGGACACGACGUGGAAUGAAUUGCACACUGCACCGGCUGCAAGAAUGGCCGUUGGUUGUGUGGUGGAUCUCGCUUUUAAAGCGGCGAUGGGCGAUAUUAAAAAUGGUUUCGCCGUUGUCAGACCACCGGGACAUCAUGCCGAGACAAAUCAGGCAAUGGGCUUCUGCUUCUUUAAUUCCGUCGCAAUCGCUGCGAAACUUCUUCAACAGAAACUCGAUACCAGGAGAAUAAUGAUUCUCGACUGGGACGUUCAUCAUGGUAACGGAACACAGCAAAUGUUCUACGACGAUCCACGAGUAUUGUAUUUGUCAAUUCACAGGCACGAUGAGGGUAAUUUCUUCCCGGGCACGGGCGGACCAACGGAGUGCGGCGCCGGAGAAGGUUUGGGCUACAAUGUGAAUGUGGCCUGGUCGGGUGGAUUGAAUCCGCCGAUGGGAGACGCCGAAUAUUUGGCGGCAUUUCGAACAAUUGUCAUGCCAAUUGCGAAGGAAUUCGAUCCCGAUAUUGUCAUUGUUUCGGCGGGUUUCGACGCGGCAAUUGGUCAUCCAGCGCCUCUUGGAGGCUACAAUGUCAGUCCCGCUUGUUUCGGACGCAUGACACAGGAAUUAUUAACGCUCGCGGACGGCAAGGUGGUUCUAAGUUUGGAGGGCGGUUACGAUCUCGCCGCAAUUUGUGACUCGGCCCAGGAAUGCGUGAGAGCUUUACUCGGCGAUGAUCCAACGUCGCUUCGCGAGGAAGAACUCACGAGGAUUCCGUGUCAGAAUGCGAUUGACACUCUACAGAAGACUAUCGCUAUUCAGAUGUCACAUUGGCCGUGCGUUAAAUUAGCUGCGCACACUGUCGACAUGAGUGCAAUUGAAGCAGGUCAGAAAGAACACGACGAAACCGAAACCGUUUCCGCAAUGGCUUCAUUGUCAAUGCAGCAGCCCACAAAUCUUACUACGACAACAGAACAUUCCCGUGAAGUUUCCGAUGAGCCAAUGGAGCAGGAUGAAGCUAAAUGAGGAUAACUACGCUGUAGUGCAUAAUUUUUUUUCCGCACAAUUAAAGCGGAAUAAAAUAAAUCUUGUUGUUGAGAAGCUUCUUGAAAAGAAGACUUUGAAAAAUCGACACAAGUGAGUAUUGUUUGUCAAUGUAUUUCGCCUUGGAGAAAUUACCGCAGGAUUUUUGGCAAUGAAAGCCAAUUUUUGCACAAGUUAUUUCUCCAAAGACAAAGAUAAAAAAAAAAGAAUAAGCAAGUACUUAAAAAGAAAAGAAUACUUUCUCAAAAGUAUAAUUCACACUGCUUGCUAUUUUACUUAACAUACAAGAAAAAAAAAUGUAAAUCUUUACAAGAUUUGCGAAAAUUGUUCUCUUUUUUGCAAAAAAAAAAUUUAAACGUGCAGUGACACGUUUUUUUUUUAAUUUUUUUGGAAAUAUGUGUGUAAUCGAGUCUUAAACGACUUAAAAAAGUCUAGUAAAUUUUUCAUUUUGUCCCAAAAAAAAAAUGUUUAUAUUCGGCUUAUGAUGUCCCAUCUACGAUAGGCAUAAGACGAAAAUUUUGUAACUUCAAUGACGAAGUAAAAAAAAUAUAAAAAAAAAGAUAUUGUAAUUUUUCAGGGAAAAUGUUUUUGUCUGGGUCGCGGGUCGAUUGUCAGGUACAUUUUUUUAGUACAAGAAUUGAACAAGUUUUUUUUAGAAACAAGUGUAAAACUUUGUUAUUUGUAUACGUAGAGAUGAAAAAAAAGAAAGUCCGUUUUUUAUUCGCCAAGUGCGCUAUUUUUCCGCCUCAGUAAACGAAAAAGAUAGUUUUUUCUAAGCGGCUUCUUCAAACCAUUUGCAUUAAAUUUUUUCAUUGUCAUAUAAAUUAUUAUUGAUCGAAUUCAGUGUGUGAAUACUCGAAUUUGUGUCUUAAAAAUAACAACGAAUGCAUUACAGGACUUUGAUUUAAUUGAUUAGAAUUAGAAUUCUUUUUCUUUCAACCAAUAUUCUUAAAAAAGAAAAUUUGUAAAUUUCUGUUUUUUUUCUAAAAAUUGAAAACAACUGCAAAAAAAAUUGCAAAAUCAAGAAUUAUGAAUAUUAAAGAAUCUUUAAGUUAUUUAAAAAUUCAAAACAGUUGAGAAUUAUUUCAAGAUCCGAAGAAAAAUAUUGUUAAAUGUUCGUGUAUGUAUGUUUGACGUAAGGGCGUUAAAAUUGUUAAAAAGAAUAGCAACAUUGUUAUUAAAAUGAAUUUUAAUAAUGUUGCUUGAUAAAAUUAAUAAUGUAAUUGAAUGUGAGUUUAAUUUUUUUGAAUUCAAUUCACUGGCAUUUUUAACAAAGACAAUUCAUCCAAAGAAUAAUAAUUUUUAUUUUGUCUGUAUAAAUUGAUUAAAAAAAUUUUUGAAAAUCUUAUUUUAAUUUAUAUUUUUUCAAAUUAAAACAUUCGCAUUUGAAAUUAAUUUUUAAAAAAAUGUCAGUAGAUUGAUAUUUCAAUAAUUUUAAUAUGCAAUAAAUCUAUUUUUGAGCUCUUAACAGAAUUUGCGAUAUAAUUGGCGAAUGAUGAAAUAAAAAAAGACAAUAGAGUUAGAUUAUUUCUCAAAUAUACUCUGCCAUUAAAUGCAGAGAAAUUUGCGCUUUUGUGCUGGUCACUGGCGCUCAAUUCCCUCCUCUUUCUUUGAAACAAGAGAAAAUACUUGAAUUUUUUUCAAACAUUCUUAUAAUCGUGCUGUUCCUAAUUCAGCGAGGCUUGAAUGGGGUUAUACAUAAUAUAUAUUUUUUUUCCUUUUUUUCUUUUUUUUGGUAAUGAAAUUACGCUGUUUUAAUAAAAAAAAAUCGAUGUAAAAUGUGUGAUUGCUAUUGAUCGCGAAAGAGAAGGCAAGCAACGAGUUGUUGCUCAAACGUGAUUCUUAGAUUACUUGGUUUUUCUCCUGCGAACAAAGGCUGGUGCGAUUUUUUGUGAUAUUUUGUAAAAAGUCUAUUAAGCUAUUGAUGAUUCAUUGAAUGAGUGAAUGUUAAAGAAUGUCAAAAAGAGAGUGCACGAAGGAAGAGAGAAACAAGCAUUUAUUUUUGUGUCAUGCAUUUUAUGAGAAAAAAAAGAGAGCGAAAGAAAGAGAGAGAAAGAGAAAGAAAAAUAGUUACAUGAAAUUUAUUGAUUAACCAAUUACAAAAAGAUGCUUUAUAUAUAUGAAUAAUAUAAAUAUGAAUUAAAUAAAAAAUAAAAAUAUAUAUAUUAAAUAUACAUGUAUAUUGUAUUAACUGUAUAACGACAAAGAAGACGUUCGACAAGAAUCUCAAAGUAUCUGUCGUUAAAUGUUGACAAAAAAAAAUUUCGAAUUAUCUGGCAAAUUAUAUAAAAAGAAAAAUAAAAAAAAAUGUCCAGCCUAUGUUGUGUGUACGUGGUUAUAAGUUAUAAUGUGACUAACAUAAGAAAACUUGUUAGGUGUAAAACUGUUUUUGUCAUAUCGCUGUAGCAGAUUAUUAUUUUCUAGAAAGUUAGGCUGUAUUUAUAUUUAAAAAUGGAAUAAGAAAAUGAAAAACAAACUAUUUAUUAUUUAAGAGCGUUGGCUCGACGCUGGAGAGAUAAUGCGUCUGAUGCCUGUCGCGAUAAAUGAAACGUAAUUUAGAUAAAAAAAAAGAAGAAUAUUUAACACUGAUGGCCUAGAAAAAUUUGUAAAUUAUUUUAUUUUGGCCGAGAUUUUUUUUUGUUAUUUAUAUUUUUUUACAAUACAUAGUUAUUAAUAUUAUAAUUGUUUUUUUUUUGUUGAGAAUCGCGAUGGCGCAUUACGUGUAAUACCAAAAGCUUUAAGUGAAUCUUGUUUGAAGCGAUAGAAACUCGUGACAUUCCGGUAUCAUUCGUAAAACACAUUGAUACAAAUUAGGUUGUAAAGUGCGAGAGAAAAAAAUUUAAUUAAGUUACAAUGAAUAUUAGGUAUAAGUGACACAAGCCCAUAAAAAAAUUAUGUUAUUGAACAUGCACGAAGUAAUGUCUAUAAAUAUAUUACGUACAGUUAUUGUAAUAGUCAUACAUUUUUUAUGUAUAUAAAUGUAUCUCCUAAACUAAUUUUAAAUAAAAAUAUAGUCAUUGUGUUAAA